AAGGAUCUGUAAAAUGUGUGUAAAACAAAGUUUUUGUACCAAGGUGCAAAGCUCUCCUUUCUUCUGCAGAAUAAAGCUACUCUUCCUUAUCCUUGUCUGGCUGUUGUUGGCUCUCAGCUAGGCGGACCCGAUAUUUCGGUAACAGUUUCUGGCACCCCAGAUGGGACCCUCCUAGCUCGGACAUUGGACUCCGGCCGGCUGCGGCGAGCUGGGAACGGCGCCAACGGAGUGUUUAACCCCUCUUUCUCUGCUUCACCGCGGCCCCUGGGGUUCGUGCUCUGAUAAGGGUGGAAGCCAUAACGUGCGAUGAAGCUCUGAGGUCGAAUCGAGAUCCUUCUGUCCCGUCCCCUAUAGCGGUCAGUGUAAGUAAAAAUUCCUGUAAUAAAAUUCUGGAUUAGACCAUAAUUCCCUCUGUUCUCUGUCUGAGUGUCAAAAGAAAAGAUGGGUGUGUCUCAAGAAAAACCCUCUAAGGAUAGCCCUUUGGAUUAUAUGUUAAGUAAAUGGCCUUUACCCGGUGUUCAGAAAGGAAUGUCAAGAAAGCGCUUUAUACAACUUUGUACCCAGGAAUGGCCAGUACUGGGUACUGAAUGACGUGAAUACGGCUCCUUUGAUAUUCCGACCUAUUUAACUCCCUUGCGCCUAACUUUGGAAAACCAGGCGACGGGGCAAAUGGACUAUUGGUUUUUGUGGGACGGUGAGGCUCAUCGUCGCUUAAAGAAGGUACAAAUUCAGGCGCCUCUAUUCCCGAAAGCUUCUGCCCCUCACGAAGCCAAUUGUUGGGAGGACACCCCCCCCCCCAUAUAUUGUCCCAGACCACGACCACUCCCGGCGGCACCAUUACCAGCUGCGGCGGACCCAGAGCCCAAAACAGCAUUUGUACCGAGACAGAUGCCGCCAACAAAAAUUGAGGACACUACAAGUCAAGCCAGUGAAUCAACUAGUGGGGCAACCAGCAGUGGGUAUGCUACUACGUCCCUGUCUGUUCCCUUCCUUAGUCUGUCCCAUACAAGAAAAGGGGCGCACUACAGGGAAGACGUGGUUAAUAUACAGGCACCCCUCCGGACUAUCCCAGUUUCCACAAUGGAUGGGAAUGUCAUAGACCGUUAUGUCCAUGUCCCAUUUACCACUGCAGACCUUAUGAACUGGCAAACCACUACACCCCACCUUAGGGACGACCCGGACGUCGUUCAUAGGCGAUUCCGUGCUAUUUUCCAGUCUCAUAAUCCUGAUUGGCAAGACGUGGGCCAGUUUUUAAAUUGCCUAUUGCGUACGGAGGAGAAGGAGCGGGUCCUAAGGGGGGUCCGGGGGGCUGCAGAAGCCGCCAACGAGGGCCGCGACUUUAUAACUCUCGCCAACCCGGCCCAAUGGAACCCGAAUGAUUUAACCCACCAGGCAGAUCUAAAGAGAUUCCUAAACUAUAUUUUGACAGGUAUAAAACAAGCAGGAGAAAAAACUCUAGAUUAGUCAAAGGUCCAUAAUACGGUGCAAGGGUAAGAGGAGCACCCUUCCGAUUUCUAUGAGAUGCUUUGUAAAGCAUUUUGUACCUAUACUAACAUAGACCCCAAGGCCACGGACACACAGUCCAUGGUCAGGCUUAUUUUUAUCUCUCAGUCAGCUCCAGACAUUAAGAAGCGAUUGCAGCAGCUCGAAGGCGCUGAGGGAAAAUCCCUGGAAGAACUGGUAAGCAUGGCCACCCGUGUAUAUCACACUAGAAAAAAGUUCAGGAAACCAAACAGGUGAGGAUGCUAGCGGCCCUUAUAAACGCUAAAAAUGAGAAGCAAGAAGGGUGGCGGGGACACCCCAAGUGGCAACCAAAAACGGAUCACGGGGGGGGCCCCGAGUCGCGCCAAUGAUAUGUGUAACUACUGUAAGCAGCUUGGUCACUGAAAGAGAGUGUGUCCAAACCAACGUACCGGACGCCAGCCCCGUCGCCCAGACCAACCUCAGCAACAGAUGGUUGUGGAGAGAACAGACGCUGUUAAUAGUGAGGAAUGACGGCGACCCAGGGGUCCUCUUGUUACCUAUUCCAAUGACUUUACCACCUAUGUUUGUUCCUCCACAGACCCCCAGGUUCGCCUAACUUUGGGAGGAACCGCUUAUUCUUGUCUUUUGGAUUCAGGGGCUGCCCUUUCUACUCUUACUGCCAAGCCAAAAAGAGGAAGUCUCACAGAUAAGAGCAUUCCGGUAAUGGGUAUAGGUGGAAAGCCAUUUGACUGUCCUGUAUUACAGGAGGCUACUGUAGAAAUCUCUGGGGUCUCCGCCUUCCAUGCCUUUUUGCUAGCUCCUGACUCUCCAGUUAAUUUCUUGGGCAGAGAUCUGUUGUGUAAACUGCGUGCUCAGAUUUUCUUUUCAAAUAACAAAAUCAUCCUGCGGUUGCCUCAAAAGCAACUUCCUCAGCUAUGUGCCGCAUUAACCCAGGCUUCAGAGGACCCAAUCCUGCCUACGGGCCUGAUCCUACCCGAACGACUCAGGCAGGAGGUACAAGCCUCCCUAUGGGGUACUUCAAAAGCAGACUUGGACACUCUCUGAACAGAACCAGUACACAUAACUCUGAAGCCAGGCAUUAAAAUUCCUUGGAUUCGUCAGUAUCCCAUCCCCCGAGAAGCUCUGCUUGGCCUCCAGAAUCUUAUCACAACAUUCCUGUGGCUGGGAGUGCUAGUUCGCACCAAGUCUCCUUUCAACACCCCCAUUCUGACAGUCAGAAAACCUGACACGGAUUCAGAUGGAAAACCGGUAUACUGAUUUGUCCAGGACUUGCGUGCAGUAAAUAAAGUCGUCCAGGCUAGACACAACGUGGUACCUAACCCUCACACUAUCCUGACUGCCAUUCCAGCAGGUACUGCUUGCUAUUCGGUAAUAGACUUGUGUAAUGCCUUUUUCAGUAUUCCCUUAGAUCGAGACAACUGGAAUAUUUUCACAUUUACAUGGACAGAUCCAGAGACCGGGAAAGCAGAACAGCUGACCUGGACUCGACUACCGCAAAAAUAUGUUAAGUCACCAACCAUUUUCUCCUCUAUCCUGGCACGCGAUUUAGCUGAUAUUACCCUAGCGGGAGGGUCUACGUAUCUCUUGUAUGUGGAUGACGUUCUGGUUUGCUCUCCGGAUCAGGUAACAUGCGAAAUGGACACUAUUUACUUGCUAAACUGCUUGGCAGAGAAAGGACAUAAAGUAUCACCUUCUAAGCUGCAGUUUGCCAAAGACAAGGUAACCUAUCUUGGUCAUGUGCUCACCCCGGGGCAUCAAGUGUUAUCCAGUACCCGUAUCCAGUCAAUCCUUAAUAUUCCCCGACCAGAGACAAAACGUGAAAUGCGGGGAUUUCUAGGCCUUGCAAGUUUUUGCCAUUCCUGGAUUCCAGGCUUUGGGGAAAUGGCAAAACCCCUUUUUGAGCAGAUCACCCAUAAUGCUGAGGAACCCCUCCACUGGGACUCUGGGGCCGUUAAAGCCUUCCAGGGAAUUAAAACAGCUUUGGCCUCAGCCCCAGCCCUUGGACUCCCUAAUUAUCGAAAACCCUUUGUUUUCUAUGUACAUGAGCGGCUAGGGGUGGCCUCUGGUGUCCUUACUCAGACUUUUGGGCCUAGAGAGCGACUUGUGGCCUAUUAUUCUCAAAAAUUGGAUGCUGUAGCACAAGACUUUCCUGGCUGCCUCCGAGCAGUGGUUGCUGCUGGUCUCCUGGUGCCCCAAGCAGAAAAGAUUACCUUGGGCCAUCCAAUGACCCUACGGACUCCACACGCAGCCCAACAACUGUUAGUCCAAAAAAGAACUCAACAUUUAACCUCUCAGAGACUAACGCGUUUGGAAGUUUCUUUGUUGUCUGGGACCAACUUAAAAAUUAAGCAAUGCCAUAUCUUGAACCCUGCCACCCUUUUACCUUUCCCGGACAACGAUCAUGAGCCCUCACAUGAUUGUCUUCAAGUAGUGCAUCAUCAAGAAAAACCCCGACCAGAUCUUUCAGAUGUGCCCAUUCCGAAUGCUGAACUGGAACUAUACACAGAUGGUUCUGCACGAGUCUUGGAGGGCUAACAGAUAUCCGAAUUUGCAGUGACUACGCAGUUUAAGGUAUUACAGUCUGCACCUCUGGGACCCUCCACCUCAGCCCAGGCAGCAAAAUUAAUAGCCUUCACCCGAGCAUGUGAGUUGGCCGCAGGUCAGUCUGUAAACAUUUAUACUGACUCGAAAUAUGCCUUUGGUAUCUGCCAUGCCACAGGCCAAGUUUGGGCAAAAUACGGGUUUAUUACCUCCAGUGGCACUAAGGUAGCUCAUGGGCCCUUGAUCCUGGAAUUAUUGAAAGCCAUACAUUUGCCAUCUGAAGUUGCCAUCAUCCAUGUUCGGGCCCAUCAAAAGGGAAACAAUCCCACCAUCCAUGGGAACCAAUUGGCUGAUACAGCCUCAAAGACAGCCUCCCUUCAACCUUUUGUUGAAUGGUGCUCAUGUCCUCUCCCUCAUCAACUCCAGUCCCUUUUGUUCCUGAACCAUCAGAGGUUAGUCACUGGGAAAACAUUGGGGCCACUAAGACACAAAAGCGGGAAUGGCAACUACCUGAUGGGAGAAGAGCCCUGCCCCGAGCUGCUCUGCGACCUGCCCUGCUUAAACUACAUCAAAAAACACAUGGUGAAGCAGAGGCCAUGGCAGCUACUGUAAAUAAACUUUGGUAUGCACCUGGGGUAUUCCAAGAAGCUAAACAAGUCCUUGCUACCUGUAAUAUUUGUGCAAAAUUCAAUCCAAGGGGGGAACCAAAAUGCCCCCCCGGAGCAAGAUUAUGGGCAUACAUGCCCUUUGAACGGCUCCAAAUAGACUAUUCAGAGAUGCCUAAGUGCCAAGGCUUCAAGUACCUUCUUGUAAUCAUGUGCCAAAUAACUGGCUGGACCAAAGCAUUCCCAACUAGACGAGCAACUGCCUUGGAAAUGGGAAAAACCUUAUUAAACCAUGUCAUUCCUAGGUUUAGCCCUCCUAGGUCUAUUUACUCUGAUCAAGGGACUCAUUUCACUGCCCAGAUUAUUCAACACAUUGCUAAGGUCCUAGGUAUUACCUGGCUUCUACAUACUCCUUGGAGACCACCGUCGUCUGGACAAGUAAAAAAAAUGAACCAAACUUUAAAACUUAAACUCUCAAAACUGUGUGCACAGACUGGGUUAAAAUGGCUUCAGGCCCUACCUCUGGCCCUUUUGGCAGUUCAAACUGCCCCUAGAGGCUGUCUCUGUCUCUCACCCUUUGAACUUUUAUUUGGCAGGCCAUACACCGGAUUUGCUGAUCCAGGACCUGUGUUCGACUUAGCUACAUGGGGUGACGAGGAGCUAACCAGAUAUGUUGUUUCCCUCCAAACCAUUCUCAUGUCUCUCCACAGGUAUGCAGCUCAAUUUCAGUCCCUACCUGCUGAUGUCCCUGCCCACCGGAUCACUCCUGGGGAUUGGGUCUAUGUGAAAGAGUGGAAACACGAGCCUCUCCAACCCUGGUGGGCGGGCCCAUUCCAAGUCCUUCUUACCUCCCACACUGCAAUUCGAGUGAGGGAAUGA